AUGUCAUUGAGUGGAUCUUAUAUUCGGGGCGAGCAUGGUGGUAAAACUGGUGGUCUUAGCGUUUGUUUGUCUAGUUCAGAUGGUCAGAUCUUUGGUGGUGGUGUUGGUGGACUCCUAAAAGUUACUGGUCCAGUUCAGGUGAUUCUUGGUACGUUUCAGCUAGAGAGGAAGUGGAAACUUGUUACCUUCUCCUUCUGGCACAGAAUCUUUGCAUGGAUACCAUCCUGGUUUGGAGUCAUCCGGAAGAAACCAAAACGACGAGCAUCAUAG